GUUAUCCUGAUAGAAUCACGUUGGUGAGAGGAAAUCACGAAUCACGAGAGAUAACGCAAGUUUGUGGCUUUUAUGACGAGUGCUUAUGUAAAUACGGCAGUAUAACAGUACGGCAGUAUUGCACAGAGAUAUUUGCCGAUUCUGUAACCCAAGGUUCUUAUAGCGUCAAAACGUAUCUCCUUCUACUUACGUUAAAGGUCCGUUAUCCUGACAGAAUCACGUUGGUGAGAGGAAAUCACGAAUCACGAGAGAUAACGCAAGUUUGUGGCUUUUAUGACGAGUGCUUAUGUAAAUACGGCAGUAUAACAGUACGGCAGUAUUGCACAGAGAUAUUUGCCGAUUCUGUAACCCAAGGUUCUUAUAGCGUCAAAACGUAUCUCCUUCUACUUACGUUAAAGGUCCGUUAUCCUGACAGAAUCACGUUGGUGAGAGGAAAUCACGAAUCACGAGAGAUAACGCAAGUUUGUGGCUUUUAUGACGAGUGCUUAUGUAAAUACGGCAGUAUAACAGUACGGCAGUAUUGCACAGAGAUAUUUGCCGAUUCUGUAACCCAAGGUUCUUAUAGCGUCAAAACGUAUCUCCUUCUACUUACGUUAAAGGUCCGUUAUCCUGACAGAAUCACGUUGGUGAGAGGAAAUCACGAAUCACGAGAGAUAACGCAAGUUUGUGGCUUUUAUGACGAGUGCUUAUGUAAAUACGGCAGUAUAACAGUACGGCAGUAUUGCACAGAGAUAUUUGACUAUUUAUCGUUACCUGCCAUUAAUGACAGCAAGAUUUUUUGUGUUCACGUUGGAUUAUUGCGCAGUAUUCAGACAAUAGAUCAAAUCCGGACUAUACUGACAGAAAAUAAGAACAAAAUGUCGGUUCCAACUGUCUCAAGCUGUAGCCGAAAACGAAAAAGGAGUUCUGUGCAUGACUUUUUCAUAACGCUUAACGAAAUUUCAGUACGAUGUACUUUGUGUCAAAAGGUCUAUAAAAACCAUGGAAACACAACUAAUUUAGUUAACCACCUAGAACGAAUUCACCCAACACACAUCAAUUCUAAAAGUGAUUCUGCACAAAAAAAGAUAUCCACGCGAACAUCAGUCGAUAGUGUCAAUUACGAAUCUGAAGCUGAAGAUGAUCCUAUAUUGAUCGAACCUGAUCCGGCUUUACUACCAUCAACAUCGGGCACUCAAUUUAAACGAUCGAGAUCUUGCACCCCGAUACAUAAAUCAGAAGCGGGUAUGUCCGGCAUAGUUCGUUCAACAUCGGAGGAGCCUUCGACUAGUUCGACUCUGAUCCAGAAACAAGUGAAGCAACCAUCCAUCGACAAAGCUUUCCACAAAAUCAAAGCAUACACUGAUGGUGGUAGUACGGCGUGUAAGAUUAUGAACGCUAUCGUGUAUAUGAUAGCGGUGGACCAACAGCCUUUCUCGAUGGUCGAGGACAAAGGAUUCAGGAAUCUCUUAAGUAUCGUGGCACCUCUAUACACUGUGCCAUGUCGAAAAACUAUUACAAAACGGACAGACGAAAAGUACGAGCUACUCAGUUCGAUAAUCAAGACUAUGCUUUCAAAAGCCGAACAUCUUUGUUUAACUACAGACAUCUGGACAGAACCAUUUAAUACCCGAAGUUAUAUCGGCAUCACUGUACAUUACAUCAAUUUUGAAGCUAUGCGAUUGGAAUGUAUAUCUCUGGGAAUAAAGGAACUUGAAAAAAGCCAUAACGCAGAAUAUAUAUCAAUAAUUAUAAGCGAGGUACUAAAUGAGUGGCACAUUAAUGCUGAUGCAGUAGUAGCUGUAAUUACAGACAACGCUUCCAACAUUGCGAAGGCGAUGCGCGAUACGUUUGGGCAUCGAAAACAUCUGGGAUGUUUCGCUCACACCCUAAAUCUAGCUGUCCAAGAUGCAAUCGCUGCUACACCGGAAUUCCAGACUGUGGUGAAGAAAGUGAAAUCUAUUGUCACGUAUUUCAAACGCAGCGUCAAAGCAGCUGACGCACUUAAGGAGUUACAGACAUCGGAUCUUGAAAACGGUGGACCGGUUUUAAAAUUAAAGCAGGAAUGCGAGACACGCUGGAAUUCGCUUUUUUAUAUGAUAGAGAGAUAUAUUCAAUUGGUAAACCAAGUGAACACCGUAUUGAUCACCCUUCCGCGAAAAAAGCAGGAGGAUGUCCCAGAGAUGACAACACGCGCCGAACUACAAAUUUUGAAAGAUGCCUGUGCCAUUUUGUGUCCAAUCGAAUGUGUUACCACGGAAAUGUCGGGCGAGUCGUAUGUCACGUGCAGCAAAAUCAUCCCCAUCGUUAAUUGCCUAGUGAAAACUUUGGAAAAACUGAACAUUGAGCACGAUAUUUCAGACUAUCUGCACAAAAAUAUUUUACGAGAACUUCGCAAAAGAUUUGUGAAUGAAGAUUCAAACGUUGAAAAAAACGUUAUGCUCGCUAUAUCCACUUUGCUGGACCCACGCUUCAAGAAACUGCACUUCCGCAGUCCAUUAGCUGUUUCUACAGCAAUGAGUAAGAUAUGUCAAUUGAUGAAAGAAAAUACUGUUGAGAAAACAAAAGAUUUGUGGAACGUUCACGAUGAAUUGAUAGCAUCUUCAUCAACAAACUGCGACGAGCCUGGUGGCGUACCAGUCGAACUUCGACAGUUCCUUAAUGCUAAUGUCGUCAACAGAAGCGAGGAUCCACUAAAAGUUUGGUAUAAACUGAAGGAUAUUUAUCCAAAGGUGUACGAAAUAGCCAUGAAAUAUUUCGUGAUUGUGGGAACGUCUGUCCCAUCUGAACGCUUAUUUAGUGCUGCUGGAGAUAUUAGCGCAAAAAGAAGCAGAAUUACUGGAAAAAGGGCAUCGGAGAUUAUAUUUCUAGGAUCUCUACCUAAAAAAUACUGGACCUAAGUCACAGCGGUGCGGCGUCUCACCCGUAUACCACAUUAUGUGGUUCGUGAAGUGCUUCCUCGUAAACGACUUACCGCAUAUUUUACAACGGAACGGCGUGUCGUUUGUGUGCGAACGCAUAUGGUUAGCGAGAUGCUUCAAGAUGAUACAUGCUGUGUAUACUUAAUAUAUAAUUGCGUCGAAGAAGUGUGAAGAUUGUGCGCCAUUCAUUGUUUCCUUAAGGACCUAGAUUACACUAUUACAGUGGAUUUACCAUGCGCCAUUUGAAUUAACGGUGUCUCGUGUGCUGAUUCAAUUUGCUUCGUGAUGCCGCACCAGCUGCACACCAUUUUCGUUUCAUAAGAUUCACAGUGAACUUCAUUCGGGACGAUGUAGAGCGAUUGCUCGUGAUACGCGCGUAAAACGCGCAUUAAAACUGCAUUGAUGACUAUUUAUUGCUACGGCAAUUAUUAUUAUCCAUAACUAUUAUUAUCUAAAGUUUGAUUUUGUUUCGUUUAUACUUGUACUUGAUAAGUCGAUUUUGGUAACGAGCAUAUUAAUGUAUUCGCGCCAAAUUUGCGCAAGUGGGGUAUCCUAUUGUAAAAGAAUUUCGCGACUAUAUGAUGAACAUGUAAUAAUUCUUCUUCGUUAUUACUUUAGUAAUCUUCCAUAAUUUUAACAAAAAGGCACUAAUUAUAAUGUCAAUAUCUCGGAUUACGUUUGUACGUUAUUUUUAUGCGAGGAGUGUGUCUGUGUGCAUUCGCCAAUUAAUGAGGUGGCAUAGUAGUGUCGGACAAAAUAUAUUUGCAAGUAAUGAAAACACACCAUUUUCGUUUUAUAAGAUUCACAGUAAACUUCGUUCGGGACGAUGUAGAGCGAUUGCUCGUAAUACGCGCAUAAAACGUGCAUUAGAACGUUGAUAUGACUGUUUAUUGCUACGGCGAUUAUUAUCCAUAACUAUUAUUAUUCAAAGUUUCAUUUUGCUUCGUUUAUACUUGUACUUGAUAAGUCGAUUUUGGUAACGAGCGUAUUAAUGUAUUCACUGCAAAUUUGUGCAAGUGGGGUAUUCUGUUGUAAAAGAAUUUCGCGACUUUAUGAUGAACAUGUAAUAAUUCUUUUUCGUUAUUACUUUAGUAACCUUCCAUAAUUUUAACAAAGAGGCACUAAAUUAUAAUGUCAAUAUCUCAGAUUACGUUUGUAUGUUAUUUUUAUGCGAGGAGUGUGUCUGCGUGCAUUCGCCAAUUAAUGAGGUGACAUAGUAGUAUCGGUACAGUAGUGUCGAACAAAAUAUAUUUGCAAGUAAUGGAAAUAACGACUUUAAGUAUAUGUAUAUUUUCCUGUGAAAAUAUAUAUUUGAAAAUAAUUAUUUGCAAAUAUAUUUUAGCCAAUAUUGGGACGUACAUUGAGAUGCAAUUAUCCAGAUGCGAAUUAAGGCAAAUGCUCCGAAAAUAAUUUUGUAAUUGAAGACAGUAUAGAUAUUGAUACUGCAUCUACAGCAAUGAUUUAAGUUUAUUAAAUGUGCAAUUAAAUAAAAAUUUUAUAGCGUGUUGCAAUUA